CAGUUAAAACUAAUAAUAUGAAGUUAUUUAAAAAAAUGUAUGUAUCUUUAGACACUAUAACAUUUUCCUUGAUUGUAUAGCCACUACUCAGUUAACGGUUAGUAUGACAACUGUUUGAAAAUUCAAAAUAAUUAGCUGUUAAAAGCUAAACGUUACAAACAUUAACUUUCCAGUUUUAGAUUUAAUUCAUCUGUAAUGGAAGAAACUAUUAAAUUCGACAAAACAUUUGACGAAAGACUUGCGGAGUACGAGAAGUUCUUUCCUAAGGACAUACAGUCGGUUUCUCGAAUUCAAAAGCACUGGUCUUCCUGCUUAGAUUUAAUUGUGAAUGAGAUAAAUGGUUGGCAUGCCAUUUGGAAAGUACCUCGUAAUAUUUGCAAGCAGCACAAAAUGCAAUAUCCUUCUAUAGUUUUGGUGUAUGUGGAAAGUGUUGACUGCCAACAAUUUAUUGCCAAAAUCGAAGUGAUAGCAAUUAAAAGUAAAAACGCUGACUUACCAGAUAGUUAUGUUGUAAAAUUAAUUGAUUUAUGGCCUACUAAAGAACAAGAAGACGUUAAUAAUAUACAUGCCAUAUAUUCAUUUGCAGAUACCCUUGAUAUGUUUCGUUUCUUUUAUAACCGUAUCUUGAUGCCAUGGGAUUAUGAUGAUGACGAUCCUAAAUGGCUUUCUAAUCAUUUAGAGUCAAGAUUGAGUCUUUACUAUGACAUAAGAAAUGGUUUAGUCUCUAGACAGUCAGCUGAGGAAUUAAACUCAUUAAUAACAGAGGCAAGAGAUUUGCAAUCGAAAUUAGAAGAAACUCAUACAAAAUUAGAGAAAGAUGAUUGUUCUGUUAGUGAUUAUGGUGAUGGAGAAACUGUUCCAAAUGUAGUUUAUCUGCAAGUACGUCUUCUUGAGAUUAAACAUAAAGUUGAAUUUCUGGAAAAUCCGCUGAUAAGGGAAUUUUUAGAACAAGAAGAGUCUGAACGUUAUAAUAAGAAAUCAAAUAAAACUGAACCUGAGAAUUGGCUUAUUUUCCCUGAAGGUACUCCAACUGAACACAUAAACUUCCUAAUGAGUGUUGAAGAAAAGUUUGGAAGUAAGACUGUUAAAUUUUGUACAAGUUUAAUUGAGGCGCUACAUCAUGGAGAUUUUAAUGAUAUAUUUAUAUUGAAUGAUAGUCAGCAUGAAAUAAAAUCCUCUGGAGCUAUUGAGGGAGGAGGAGUACUGAGAGGAUUGAAUGGUCCAGAUUCAACUACUAUUUUUUCCAAAAAUGAUGAUACAAUGUUAGAAUGUAAUAGUGAAAGUACAUUAAUUGAAAAUUUAACUCUUGAUGUGAGCUGCUCAAAGUAUGGAAUUGUUGUGAGGAAAGGGAAAGUGACAUUAAGGAAUUGUAAAUUAGUUGGCAAUUUUGGUUACUCCACCCAGCAAGGAAUCACUGUGAUGCCAACUGGCAAAUUAGAACUGUUCAAUACAGAAAUAAGCGGAUUCACGACUGCAGUUGUUGGAAGUCUUAAUUCUACAGUUGUUUUUAAUGGAUGCAAAAUAUUUUCUGCUAAUGUUGGCUUGCAAAUGUUUGACCAAUGUAAAUUAGUUGCCAAAAAUACUCAUUUUAGUGACUGCUAUGAUUGUGGAAUCCGCUUUGAAACAAAACAUUAUCCACAAAAUACUGGAAAUUUUUCAAUCUUGAAAGUUCUUCGUGAUAUUGAAAUUGAGAAUCUUGUUGGGGAAAAUAUAUCACAUAGGGAAGCUAUAAUACAAGAAAAAUCAAAAAUAAAACUUUUCCAUUAUCCAUUACCAUAUUCAGAUGAUAGUUCUUACUCAACAUCUGAUGAAGAGAUGAAAUCAACUGAUCCAGAUGAUGAUGUAAACAUGAAUGAAACAGUUAUUGAAAAUAUAAAGGAAUCAAACUGAAACUUGAGAAGCGCUCUUGUUUAAUUGUUUGUUACAAUUAGAAUUCCAAAGAUAUUUUAUGUUAUAAUUUCGUUUACUCCUUAUCUUUCUUUUAUUAAUAAUCGUUAUAUUAUAAAUUAAUCGUUUA